GUGAAGUCAGCAAAACAGAAUGCAGCUUUCAAGGUUCGUUUCAAGCACUUGGCUUGUGGGACUCUGAGCGAUGCUGCUGCCCGUGACAUGGUGGAAUUAUCAUGAUCUACUACCCAGUUUGGAUUUCACCCAGUGGCCACCAGUUUUGCAUGGUAGACAGCAAGGUUUGGAGUUUUAAAAGGAGUAAACCAGACUCAAGAAAACUGAGAAACAGAGGUGAAGCCACUUGACAAGGUCACACACUUGGCCCGUGACCAAGGUGUAGACGAAGAGGGGAAGUCAUGCUUCACACGGCUAUAUCAUGCUGGCAGCCAUUCCUGGGUCUGGCUGUGAUGUUAGUCUUCAUGGGAUCCACCAUUGGCUGCCCUGCUCGCUGCGAGUGCUCCGCCCAGAACAAAUCUGUUAGCUGCCACAGGAGACGGUUGAUCGCCAUCCCAGAGGGCAUUCCCAUUGAGACCAAAAUUUUGGACCUUAGCAAGAACAGGCUAAAAAGUGUCAACCCCGAGGAGUUCCUAUCAUAUCCUCUUCUGGAGGAGAUAGACUUGAGUGAUAACAUCAUUGCCAAUGUGGAGCCGGGAGCUUUUAACAAUCUCUUUAACCUGCGUUCCCUCCGCCUGAAAGGCAACCGCCUGAAGCUGGUCCCUUUGGGAGUGUUCACGGGGUUGUCCAACCUCACCAAGCUUGACAUUAGUGAGAAUAAGAUCGUCAUUUUACUGGACUACAUGUUCCAGGAUCUGCAUAACCUGAAGUCUCUGGAAGUGGGGGACAAUGAUUUGGUCUAUAUAUCCCACAGGGCCUUCAGUGGGCUGUUCAGCUUGGAGGAGCUCACCCUGGAAAAGUGCAACCUCACAGCAGUACCAACAGAAGCGCUCUCCCACCUCCGCAGCCUCAUCAGCCUGCACCUGAAGCAUCUCAGCAUCAACAAUAUGCCUGCGUAUGCCUUUAAAAGACUGUUCCACCUGAAACACCUAGAGAUUGACUAUUGGCCUUUACUGGACAUGAUGCCUGCCAAUAGCCUCUACGGCCUCAACCUCACCUCCCUCUCCAUCACCAACACCAACCUGUCCGUGGUUCCCUUCCUGGCCUUUAAGCAUCUGAUAUACCUGACCCAUCUUAACCUCUCCUACAAUCCCAUCAGCACUAUUGAGGCAGGCAUGUUCUCUGAUCUGAUCCGCCUUCAGGAGCUUCAUAUCGUGGGAGCCCAGCUCCGUACCAUUGAGCCUCACUCCUUCCAAGGGCUGCGCUUCCUUCGUGUGCUCAAUGUAUCUCAGAACCUCCUGGAAACUUUGGAAGAGAAUGUCUUCUCCUCCCCGAGGGCUUUGGAGGUCCUGAGCAUCAAUGAGAACCCACUGGCCUGUGACUGCCGCCUCCUAUGGAUCCUGCAGCGGCAGCCCACCCUGCAGUUCGGUGGACAGCAGCCCAUGUGUGCUGGCCCAGACACCAUCCGUGAGAGGUCAUUCAAGGAUUUCCAUAGCACUGCCCUUUCUUUUUACUUCACCUGCAAAAAACCCAAGAUCCGCGACAAGAAGCUGCAUCACCUGCUCGUGGAGGAAGGGCAGACCGUGCAGCUGGCGUGCAAUGCGGACGGGGACCCGCAGCCUGUGAUAGCCUGGGUGACACCCCGGAGGCGUUUCAUCACCACCAAGUCCAAUGGAAGGGCCACCGUGCUGGGCGACGGCGCCUUGGAGAUCCGCUUCGCCCAGGAUCAAGACAGCGGGGUGUAUGUUUGCAUCGCAAGCAACGCGGCCGGCAAUGACACCUUCACUACCUCCCUGACUGUGAAGGGCUUUGCUUCGGACCGCUUCCUGUACGCCAACAGGACCCCUAUGUACAUGACCGACUCCAACGACACCAUUGCCAACGGCACCAAUGCCAACACCUUCGCCCUGGACCUGAAAACAAUAUUGGUGUCCACAGCCAUGGGCUGUUUCACCUUCCUGGGCGUGGUUCUCUUUUGUUUUCUCCUCCUGUUUGUGUGGAGCCGAGGCAAGGGCAAGCACAAAAACAACAUUGACCUUGAGUAUGUGCCCCGCAAAAACAAUGGUGCUGUUGUGGAAGGGGAGGUGGCUGGACCCAGGAGGUUCAACAUGAAGAUGAUUUGAGGGUCCACUAGCCACACGAUCGCCCUGUGCCAUUGUUUGUAAGCACUGAGACCUCCUGGCACAGUAUGAACAUUCAUCGGUCAAGAGGCGGCUUCGGGCAGCUGCCCCUGUGACAGAGCAGGGUCCACGGGAGCUGGGGGACUUCUUCUAAAGAUGCUCCACCUCGAGGAAGGAAGGCAUGUGUCAGAGCCUGUCACAAAGUGGGAUACUAAUUGUUUGCAUUGCAAAUAUUGGCAUUCUGGGGAUCUCAGUAAUGAACCUGAACCUUUGAAUCAUGCUCACAGACAGUUAAUCAGCAUUUUCUACCACUGCAAAAACGAGAGAAAAAAAUUUUAAAACAACAACCUACAGUGUAGGCUUUACAUAUGAAAGACACAUUUGUCUAAAACAUAUUCUACAGAAAAAAAAUUUGUAUCUAUGAUUAUCAUUUGUUAAAGCCUUGCUCAUCCCAUAUUGUUGGUUCAGCACCACAACAAAGUCAAUAUAUUCUUUCCUUUCCUUUCCUUUUCUUUUGAAACAUAUAUCCUGUAUAUGUUUUAAAGCAAUAUGAAUGAGAGGUUGUGCUUUGAGUUACUCACCAUGAUAGAUCCAAGUGUGAUUCCAUCUUCCUUUCCGUACAGAUUUCCCUAAGACUAGAUCCCUGGAGUUAGAGGCGGAGACAUGUUGAGAGAUGCAUUUGUCGGCUGUAGGACACCAAGAAACAGGAUCCAAGGCAAAACUGCUCAACUCUGUUCAUUUCUGUUACUCUAAAUAAAGGCAUGUGCCUAGUUUUGAUACAGAAUGGAAUAUUUUUUAUACUUGUAAUAUCACACCGGACCAGUUUACUGUAACAGUGCCCUUGUUUUCUCCAGACCUUGGUGAGCCACCAGUUGUAGUUGGCCUUUCAGAUGAAAGGUAGGUGUCCAUGAUGAAAGUAAUCCAUUUAACCAGAGCUCGGUUUUAUUUUCAGCAGCCACUGUUAGUGUGUCAGCAGACAACAGUGGUUAUCUAGAACAAUAUGUAGGAAUAGUCACGUCAUUGCUAACAUCAAAUAGCCAGAUGUUCUAAAGAUCUCUGGAUAAGAUGCUCCACUCAGAAGUCAACACAAACCAGGGUGGCCCGUGCAUAGCAGGACAGUAUCGCAACUAGGGAUCUGUUUAAAGUCUGAUAACUGCCUCAAGGCUAAGGUGCUGCUAAUCGGAGAGACACCUAGAUGCUCUUUCCUCAGGUGUUGUUUAUUCAGAGAGUGCACACAGUAUUACCUUGAAUGGGCAACUUCAGGGGUUCCCUGUAAUUCAUGACAAAGUAGACCUGGGGUAUUAUGUUGGAAACCAUUUUAAGAAGACAAAGGAAUCUGUCUUAUUUUUAAAGAAGUGAGGAAAAUAAGGUGUAUUAAAGAACACUUGCUGUUUUGUUUUGAAUCCUCCCCACCCCCAAGGAAAA